AUGUCGUUACGGCAAGGAGCGACAGGAAGUCGACCGCCGUCUCACCAAAUCGCCGCAAUACGGCUACUCGCCGACUCUCUCUACGAGGCGACAUGCGGGUCCCUAGCGCUAACGAACCAGGCCCAAAAUGAGCUUGGGCUGCUUUUAGCUGUUCUGGGAGCAACUGAAACACAUACUUUCUCCAUGGGUGCAGAUUGUACUCAUCUCCCGGUUCUCAACAAAAGAUUGCACAGUUGCCAUAAUGUCCUUUUGGACUUGCAGAAGCUACACUUGCAUCCAGAUGCGCUUGGAGCCCAGUCUCAGAUCAGCGAUAUUCGGGCGCGAUUGUCAUCUGCGGUUUUUGGUCUUAGUGAGCUCAAUACAAAUAUGAUGAUAUCGUCUCAGAAACUCAUCAAUCGUGCUGUGAAUAGCAUUGUUGAUGACGUCCAUGCGGGAGAGAUAGAAUCCUCUAUCGUAUCUGAUGUCUUGAGGAGAGGGUCAAAGUCUGAGGCGGAUGAGAACUGGUUACCGCUACGGGAGAGCUUGUCCAACAGAGGCAUUUCGACUGAACUGGCAGAUCAGAACCGAGAUUCUAUCAUUUCAAACCUCAGGGUUAAGGUGGAAAAAGAUGCUUUGCUGCGUGAUACCGACCAAAAGCCUGUUCCAGUGAAGCAAAACCCCGAAUCUAUAGCACCAGCAGCACCAGCAGCACCAGCAGCACCAAUACCAGCACCAAUACCAGCACCAUCAGCACCAGCAACACCAGAACCGGGACCCGACAAACCAUCAGACAAACCAGCCAGCCUAGAUGACCAAGACAAUGACAGUCUACUCGCAGAUGAGCCUAGUGGACUGCCAUUUCUUCCCUUACCCCCGAUUGGAUUCUCAUAUUCUUCAUCAUAUUCCAACCAAGUAAGGUCACCUCUUACAGAACCACAAACCUCACCAAUCGACGAUUUCCCAAUACCCGUGGCAGUGGAAGACAUGCCUAGUGAUACGUCCAAGUAUCCAAUACAGAAAGAAGCCCUACCAUUCGAAGACCUCCCCAUCCCGGUCGCAAAAGAAGUUCAUAUAUCAGACCGAAACAACCAAGACCUCAACUCCAUCCCAAUACCCGUGAUAGUCACCAGCACAAAACCAAAUCUAGACCCAACAUCCCUAAAAGUCGCCAUCCGAACCAAGAAGACCAACCGCCUCAGCCGACUUCGCUGGUCAAUAACCAGCUCCAAAGAAACAUUCAUCACCCACAUCAAACAAGGCCAAAACGAAGACGUCCAACUCCUCCUCUCAAAAGGCGCAGACGUCAACGCCCAAAAUGAUUUGGGCCAUACAGCUCUCAUGGUCGCCGCCUCCUUCGGCCACGAAGACAUCACCCGCACACUACUCGAAUACGGCGCAGCAAUAAACACAAUCUGCCAAACAGGCGAGACGGCACUCACCGUCGCGGCAAUACGGGGUUACGAGCGUCUAGUACGGAUGCUUGUUGCUUCAGGCGCAAGGGUCGACGAGGGAAAAGACGCCGGCAAGACUGCGCUCUCUCAGGCGUCUGCAUACGGACAAGACCGCAUUGUGCAGUUCUUGCUGGACUCUGGGGCGGAUGUUGAUGCUUUUGGUUGGCACGAUGAGACGGCACUAGGGUUGGCUGCUGUGAAUGGGAAUAUGAAGGUUGCAAGGCUAUUGCUUGAUCAUGGUGCGCGGGUUAAUCAUAUGCGUACUCACUCGCAGUUACCAUUGUAUAAGGCUGUUAAGGCGGAUUGUGUUGAGAUGGCGAGGCUUUUGGUUCAACGUGGGGCGGAUCCGCUUCUGAAGAAAGGGAGGCUCGAUUCGCCAAUGGAAUUGGCUAGCAAGAUGCGGAGGAUAGAGAUUUUGAGGGUUUUUGCUACUUAUGGGUUCCACCCUGUUAGCACUGCUCCAUAUCAGUAUUUCUGA